ACUUUUGAAUUUCUGAUAAUAAAAUACGAAAUACUACAGCAGUAAAGAUGAUACAUAUACAGAAAUAAAAGCAAGAGAGAAAUUGAAACUGACUGAUACAAUUAUUUACAUUCAUUAUAUAUUCCUAUGAAUAAUAAUAUGCAAUCGGAGUGAAGAUAAACAUGUCAUGUUCAGUGUCUUCCUGGUUUUGAGUUUCAGUUUAACCUGAUCGACAAUAAAUACCAGUAAAUAUCAAAUCCAAUGACUAAUAUUCCAUUCCUUUACGAAAAGAACAAUGUACAGGCUUUAAAUCACAAACAGAAGACAACUGUUGAAAUUCUUGAAGAACUUGAUAAGGACAUCACCAAACUUCAUCUAUUUAAGCGCCAGAAUCAAGAAUAUCAAAAAAAGUUAAUUGCUAGUCUCCUACUGUACUCUUUCUUCAUAUGUGUCAUUGCUGCUCUCAUCAUUUUUCUGUACUACUUGCCUACAAGCUGGAAAGGCUGGUUUCUUGUCUUCUUCCCAAUACUGAUAUUUAUUGUAUUAAUAUGGCUGGUAAAGAAGGUUUUACAAUGGUAUUAUGUUAAACGGAUCUCCAGUAAUGUCAUUGGUAGGGUUUUGUGUAUAACUGCUUUGUUUUCCAAUCAUUGUCAUCUAAAGAGGCAGCAGUUUUCAUUGUCUUUCAUUUAUUCUUCUCCAGCAGAGGAUCGUACUGUAGAUGAAGGUGUGCGUCAUCGGAUUGUAACCACCCAAGUUACACCAGUAAUGAGAAUGCCAUCCCAAGUGCACCCAAUGUCAGCUGUUCAUUCUCCUCAAAGAUUACCUCAUACUCCAGCUUCUAUACCAGGCAAUUUUCAGAUAAAUGGUAGCCAAAGGCCAAUGUUGCACUCUGGUUAUGGUCCAGGCCCUCCAAUGCCAAGACCUGUACCUCCAAGAGACAGGACAACUUUUGACAAACUUGUUGACUAUGUAGUCGGAGAAGGGCCCCAAAACAGAUAUGCUCUGAUAUGCCGCUACUGCCAUUCCCAUAACGGAAUGGCAAUAAGAGAAGAAUUUGAAUUUAUAAGCUUUCGGUGCUGCUACUGUUACUAUUUAAAUCCAGCCAAAAAGCAACGGCCUCAGGCACCAAAACUUGAUCUUGUAUCACCUCAGCCAUCGCCGUCUAACACAGCUCUUCAAGCACCAGAAUCAAAAUUGAGUUUAACAUAUGAAAAACAAAGUACGAGUUCAGGGCCAGAGAGUGAUGAAAGCCAUGAAGAAUCCGAUAUGUCCGUGGGCAGUAGUAGCAGGAAGGAUGAAGAGAAAACUUCUGAAAAUGAUAAGAAUGCAGAGAAGAAGAGCGAUGACGAAAGUCUUGCAAAUAUUACCAAUAUCACUGAAGAGGAAAACCCUGAAGAAAUGGAUGUUCCUGAUGAGAACACCAACAAAGAAGAUCAGAACCUUAGCUGAGGUUCAAGUAGAAGAAUAGACAGAGAAAAGAUUUGUUUAAAAUUUGGCUUGAUAAAACCAGAUUUUCAUUUUAUUAAUUUUUUUUUUCCCCCUUGUACUUUAUUGCACUGCGUUUGGUGCUUCUCGGUAAAUAACAAGAAAUCCAACUGUUGCCAUACAGAAUUUCUAGUCCUGCUAAUCAAAAUAUUGGGAGUGAAUUCUUUUUAUGAAUUUAUACUGCUGUGCUGUCAAAACAGCAAUACAUAUUGUUUUGUUAUCUAAAACUACCCUGACUAGCCUUAUGUUAUUUAUUAAUGUUUAUUUUUUUUUCUUCUGUUUGUUUUGUUGGUUUGCUACAAGACAUUACGGGGAAGCAACCGAAUGAAAUUGGUAAGUUUUUCUUUGUAAAUAAGGGGAGUAACUCUCAGCUUGAAGAAAACAAAAUGCUAAAAUUGUGCAAGGGACACAACUCUUAAAAUGGACACAAAUGAUCGUUGUAAUUUUAUGUCAUUUUUCGGAAGUUUUUCCCUUAAAAGAAUAGUUUUUAAUAUAAAACAACAAAAAAUAAUAAAUAAAUAAAAGCACUGAAAGAUUUCUUUUAUCAUUUCAUUAACUUGUAAUCUUGUACGAUGUUAUGUUGUGAUUGGUUAUGUAUUCUAUAAACAUGGUGCUGUCUUUCAACCCUUGAAUGCCUUAACUGAUGUUCAAGACAGUCAAAGGAUUUAUUUCCCUGUCAAAUAAUGAUAAUAUGAUAAUCCUUAAAUAUCUAUUUAGGGAUUUCUAUCAUCAACAUUACUUACUGUGUUAAUUUCAGUGACCUUAAUUCCAAUCUUGUUAUAUCAUAUGGGAUUAAAUCCAUGCAGUUGUUUACCUAAUGUGGAAUCUACAUUUUGGUUAACUGUUUUAUUAGUGAUUCCGUCUCACCACAGGACGUCUCUACUCCUACCCUACCCUCGAACCUCUCCAGAGUCUAAAGAAAUUCCCAAUUUCAUCUUCACAUGAAUUUCACAAAGUCUGUAUUUAUUUCCGUUCCCCAGUCACGAAAUAACAUUUUUUCAAGGUUUGUACAGAAAUAUUUUAUUAAUAUAAAGAAAGAAAUUUUUUUUUUUUGUUCCCAGUUAGGCAUUAGAUAAUAGGUCGGGAAUCUUUCUUAAUUUUUCAUGUUUUAAAAAAUAAAGUCCAAAAUCCAUUGUUCCUCAUUGCAAAAUGCUCUCUAUUGAUAUAUUACAGGGUUUCCCUCUCUGUAAUAUUUGAUAAAAUGGCAACUUACUGUUGUCAAUAAAAGUAACUCAGCAAGUUUGAAAAACUAGAGAUGAUUUCUGAAAUAUUUUCAUCUAAUGAUCUCUCUCUUUAUUUUUUACCUUUUUUUUUUUUUUUUGCCUUGUCAUCCAUGUCUUUUCAUUAACUUGCUGGUUUACUACUGCUUUCAGGAAUUCAAUUUUUUUCUUCCAGUUUCUUUGCCAUCUUUUUCCUUCCUCUCAUAGUCCACUAUGGAUUUCCCACCGAGCUGUAACUGUAAUUUGGAAGCUUUACAUAUUAGCUUAAGCCUUGAGCUUGCUAUAUAAUUUUAGUUUCCAAUUGAUGUAUGAGAUAUUUGUACUGUGCUAUGUUUCUGGCUCCAGCUACAUACCAGUUUUGCACUUCACACACACACACACUCUCUCUCUCUCUCUCUCUCUCGUUUUAAUUCCUUUACUACCAAAUGUUUACUUUGAAAAGGAUAUCUUUUUACAUUUUGUAGGAUAUUUUGUCUAAAAAGAAAAAAAUGAAAUUCUCUGUAAACAUUUCAUACCAAUAAAUUAUGUGGUAAGAUUAACUAAAAUAAA